GGCACAAAGUCACCUCGUCGGGUCGGUCAGGGAGAAGCUAAUGACAGCUAGCAUCAGCAGCUAGCAAACGGAAUUACCGAAGAAGCUCAAAAACAUAUUCAAAUUUUUAACUCAUGUUUGUACGGUUCGAAAAGUCUCAAUUUUUUAUUACUGCUGUGUAAUAUUGAAUUCGAACACUUAUUUUGUCCGUCUUUGCCUAUUGCUAAGCUAGCUAGCUUCUCCUUCCCCCCUUCAAAAAGCUCCAACAUGGCUGCACUGAGAGUGUCCUAUCACAGGAUUUUGGACAGAAUCGAGCACAUAUUGCCUGCUAAGCUGAGACCUCUAUACAACCACCCUGCAGGUCCAAAAACGGUUUUCUUUUGGGCCCCAGUUUUCAAAUGGGGUCUGGUUGCAGCAGGUUUGGCUGAUAUGACUCGGCCAGCAGAUAAGCUCAGUGUCUCCCAGUCUGGAGUGCUGACAGCAACAGGGCUCAUCUGGUCCAGAUAUUCACUGGUCAUCAUCCCAAAGAACUGGAACCUGUUUGCUGUCAACUUCUUUGUGGGCAGCGCUGGAGCCUCGCAGCUCUACAGGAUAUGGAGGUACAAGCAAGACCAGAAGGCAGACGAGAAGGCUAAGGAGAUAACUGAGUCCUGAGUGUUUUCAGUGGACUAAAAGGACAACUCCACACCAGGCACCUGCCUGCCCCUGAUCUCCGUCUCGUGUCAUUUAUGCAUCAUCACACCGACUCCCGUGUUUUAACAUUCAUGCCAGCAAACAUCAUCCGACCAUAUUUAACCCCUCUUUCUCUGCUGGAAAUGUGCACUUUCACCAAGUUCCCUCAGGAUGUAUAAUUGGCAUAAAAAACAACCACACAAGAAUGAUGGUCAUCAACGCACAAAUAUUACUUGUUUUAACAAGUGUAAUGAUUGUACAUUGAGUUGUCUUCAUGUAACAUAGCUUUGGGAUGUUUUACCUUUUUUCAUCAUCAGGUGUAGCAAUCAUUACCUCAUGCAAUCAUUUCCCAAAAAUGUAACGUUUGGUUAGGCGUGGUUUUAAUGGCAGUGUGUCCUCAUGAAAUUAUAUUUUCUUUUUGUGACAUUAAUUUUAAUGGCUUUAAAUGAAGUAGAACAAAAAUAAAUCGCUUGCUUCACUGUAUUUUUUCAGUCCUAUUGAAUGUGUUGUUUUUUUUAAUGCUAGCUAUCACUGGUACAGAACUGCCAAUGCGUCUUUGAUCUUAAGCCUUUUAUUUGAGCAUGUUCAUACUUUGAUGUGUGGUCACCUUAAUUAUGCAUUUUAAAAUCCCCUCACUGUAUUGGCAAUAAAUGUUCUCACUUUACUAUCAAAUGAAAUACUGAUUAAAUGGCACUGUGGAAAUGUUAAGGCUGUCUAAAGUUAAUAAACUUGUUCAACUACUAAA